CUCUCUCCCGAUCAUAUGACUCUCAGCUCCCUGCGAUCUCUAGCCUGCUAGCUAAGCUUUGUAUAUAUAUCUUAUAAGCAAGUCCCAAUCAUAUUAUACUCUCUCUCUCUCUCUCUCUCUCUCUCUCUCUCUCUCUCUCUCUCGUUUGUGUGGUUAAGUUCCAGAAGAAUUCGACCUACUUAAGAUCAUAGAAAUAGAGAUCAUGGGAGAUUCUUCAUCAGCAUCAUAUAUACACAUGGUGCAGCACCUGAUAGAGAAGUGUUUGACCUACCACUUGACCAAAGAGGAGUGCAUGGAAGCUCUUUCUAAACAUGCAAACAUCAAACCUGUUAUCACCUCUACUGUAUGGAAUGAACUGGAGAAAGUGAACAAGGAAUUCUUCGAGGCGUAUGAAGAGUCUCAGAAUAAAGGAGAUCGAAUGUCAGAGGAAGAGACAAGCCAAUUGAUACAAAAGAUGAUCUCGGAUUCCAAAGAUUCCGACGACUAGUUAUUUACACACACAUGCCAACCAUCUAUCGAUCGAAGGCGAUCUCACUUUGGCUUCUGCUUUCUGGUUGGUAGCUUCAGAUAUAUGCAGCCAAACUACAAUAGGCAAUAAGAUCAAAUGAUUAUCGUCUUAUUAUCCGGCCCCAUGCGCAAAUAUAUAUGUAUUUAUUAUUCUGUAUGAAAAUAAAUAAUACAGAAGAGUACGGAUUUAUUUUAUAACCG